UCCUCCUAACCCGGAAGAGAACUCCCCAGAACUUGAAGUGUGUUCGGAGCCCAGCAACGGCGGCGUUUGUGUCUUGCUUGGCUAUCGGUGGCGAGUGGCCGCCCGCCGCGUAAAAUGGACACGCUCAACAAGCUCAAACAGUUUGACGCCUAUCCCAAAACUCUGGAGGAUUUCCGGGUGAAGACAUGGGGCGGCGCGACCGUGACAAUCAUCAGUGGCAUCAUCAUGUUAAUCCUCUUCAUUUCUGAGCUGCAGUACUAUCUCACUAAAGAGGUGCAUCCCGAACUGUACGUCGACACGUCCCGAGGAGACAAGCUGAAGAUCAAUGUCGACGUGGUCUUCCCUCACAUGCCCUGCGCCUACCUCAGCAUCGACGCCAUGGACGUGGCCGGCGAGCAGCAGCUGGAUGUGGAGCACAAUCUCUUCAAGCGGCGGCUGGACAAAGACCUACAAGGUGUCACGGACGAGGCGGAGAAACACGAACUCGGGAAAGCUGACGACGGACAAGCAUUUGACCCCAGCACGCUCGACCCGAAUCGGUGUGAGAGCUGCUACGGUGCAGAGACGGAGGAACUCAAAUGUUGCAAUACCUGCGAUGACGUGCGCGAGGCGUACCGGCGUCGAGGCUGGGCCUUCAAGAGCGCCGACACCAUCGAGCAGUGCAAGCGAGAAGGCUUCACGCAGAAGAUGCAGGAGCAGAAGAACGAAGGCUGCCAAGUGUACGGUGUUCUGGAGGUCAACAAGGUGGCGGGAAACUUCCACUUUGCUCCGGGAAAAAGUUUCCAGCAGUCGCACGUGCACGUGCACUCUGUGGAAAUUCACGACCUGCAGAGUUUCGGCUUGGACAAUAUCAACAUGACCCAUUUGAUCAAACACCUGUCGUUUGGGGAGGAUUACCCCGGCAUCGUGAACCCUCUGGACGGCACCCAGGUGACGGCGCCACAAGCAUCAAUGAUGUACCAGUAUUUUGUCAAAAUUGUCCCCACCAUUUACAUGAAAACGGAUGGCAAGGUUGUAAAAACCAACCAGUUCUCGGUCACCAAACAUGAAAAAGUGGCCAAUGGCUUGAUAGGCGACCAGGGCCUGCCCGGAGUCUUUGUUUUAUACGAGCUCUCCCCAAUGAUGGUGAAAUUCACUGAGAAACACAGAUCCUUCACUCACUUCCUGACUGGAGUGUGCGCCAUCAUCGGGGGCGUCUUCACAGUGGGCGGUCUCAUCGACUCUCUCGUCUACCACUCGGCCCGCGUCAUUCAGAAGAAGAUAGAGCUGGGGAAGGCCUCCUAACAACGGCGUCCCCCCCCCCCCCGCCCCACGCUGGCCUCCGCGUGGCCCCCCGAGAGCACGACGCACGGACCGACGGGAGGCAGGCGGGCAGAGGACCGAGCAUCUUUACGUCGUCCUGACCGAGAAGGACUUCAACAUCAGCCAGGUCCUCUGUCUCCCUUUUCGUUGCGUUCCUGCGAGCGCAACGCUUCUAACCCUGCUGACUCAACGCCGCCGGCACGGUUAAAUGAACACAGGAGGGCGCUCUGUAUCAUCGGCCGUGGGUUGUCAUGGCAACAGCAGCGAGGCCUGUGGCUACGCUCUUUCUUCAUGGACGUGACCUUUAUUUAGGUGUCCUUCUUUGUGGUCUCCUCUUUGUCAGUUGUGUAUGUCCUUCAUUCGUGUACUUUGUUUCUGUCCUUCUUCUUGGUCCAUUGUUUGUGUCUAGGUCCUUCAUUGGUGUACUUUGUUUAGCUUCCUUAUUUGUGCCCGUCAUAUAGGUCCGUUGUUAUCGUCUUUUUUUCCUUGGUGCCCGUCUCCCCUCCCCCUUUUGUUUACGUCCGUUAUUUUUGUCUUUUACGACCACCUCCAUCCCUUUUUUACAGCCUUUGCCUCAGUGCCUUGUUUGCGCCCUUUAUCCGGGGCCCCUUGUUUUUCUUGAGGUGCCGUCCUACGUGUGCGUCGUUUGUCUUUUUAUGUCCCGCGUCGUCAUCGCGUUGCAUUUAAACUCACUUUCCCCAUUACGUUAAUAACAUGUUCACAUCAAUAUUUACUUUGUCAUGCCAACACGAGGUGUGUGUGUGUGUGUGUGUGUGUUGAGAUCAUAAAGUUGGAAUUGUACAUGAGUGAAUUUUCUUUUAAUGGCCACAAAAGUAUCAGAUCAACAAGCGUUAAAAAAAAUAAUAAUAAUAAGGUUGAGUGUGAAUUGUGUGUGUGAAGGACAAGGCAAGUAAAUGCAUCACGUUGAUUGUUUUAUUGUUCCGGGCAAGGGGCUGCUUCUCUUCUUUUUUUGGGGGACUUUUUAAGGCUUGUCGCCGAUUAUUCUUUGGCGUUGUCAUCGGUCAGUAUGCAUCUCCAUUCUAAUAAACCUGAGACAGUC